UCGUAUAUAUAUAAUAAGUAUAUGCAGUAACAAAUAGAUGUACUAAACUCAUAUUCAUAUUGGCUUAUUCUGUAUUCGGGAAUUGACUCAAACGGCGCCCUUUUAACUCAGUGGUAGAGUAACGCCAUGGUAAGGCGUAAGUCGUCGGUUCAAAUCCGAUAAAGGGCUUUUUUUUAUCAAAAAAUGAUAACAGUAGUAUUCCUAUUUGAAGGAACAUAUACAAAUAUUCUUGAUAUUUGUAAGAAGUUUCUGUUUGUAAUAAAAUAAAAAAAACGAAGGAAUAGUUGAAUUUCAUUAAAAAAUCGAAUUUAGAAUUGAAACUCUAUUAAGUUAUUGUUAUCAUUCGAAUAGAGUAAACUCAUUCUAGUUAGAAAGGGAAAUGGCAUUCUUUUCUAUAUAUAUUAUUUCUUUUUUUAGAAUGUGAUAUUUCCUUGAAUUGUCAGAUACUCCUAUUUUCGAUUAUUCCAAUCAAAUAAAGGGAGAGAUUCUAAAAAAAGUAAGUGGACCUAACCUAUUGAAUCAUAACUAUAUCCACUAUUCUGAUAUUCAAAUUGGAUAGAAAUGAAAUUCGAACAGUGGAUCUUUUUUUCUUUUUAAUACCUUUUUGGUUCUAACUCUGCAAGAAUCUGUUGAUAUUUCGGAUAAAAUCUUAUUGUUCCUAGGAAUCAAUUGCUACUCCUCUCCUCCAGUGGAAGGCUUAUUCUAAGUUCCAACAGACAAGUCAUUUGACUUCAAAAUAUCUUUUUUCCGAAUACAAGAAAAGAUCCAAAUUGAUUUCUAUUAUUUCUUGAAGAUAUGUCUAUAAAAAUAAUCGAAAAAUCCAUCAAAUCAUGACUUCGAGUAUCCAAAUUUGGUUUUCAUAUCUAUGCAUACGAGGCAUACGAGAUUUUGAAGGCAAUUAAUGGACGAAACUUGCACAUAGAGAAAAAUAUUCCAAUUUCUUACCUCGAUCCGCACGAAAGGGUAUACGUCGGAAUUUGAUUAAUCUGAAUGAAAUAAAAAUAGAACAAAGAAGACAAUAAAAGAAAUCAAUGUAAAAUAGAAAGUAAAAUAUAGGAUCCUCUAGUAGUUUUCUAGACAUACAAAUUCGAACCAUACAAAUUCGAAUAAUAUAGAAAACGAUUUUUUUUGAUUUCACGAACAAGAUUCAAGAAUAAUCUUAUUUGAUAAAAGCAGAGUAGUAUGUCUGGGGAUCUGCUAGUAACGAGAGUAAUAAAAGCGAUCGAUCAUUUGUUUAUGGAAUAGUUCUUUAAAAAAUCUAUUUAUAGGAUUUAUGAGUCAUAAGACACUUUUCGAGUCAUGACUUAGGGAAUUUUUUUAGAAUAGAAAGGAAUAAGCCAAUUAAGUUAAUGGAUUUGACCUAGAUUAGAUAUCAAUCGACAAAAAAAUAAUUUUUCUAUUCGAAACCCAGUCGAAAACAAGGGAGAGUCUACGAGAAAUCAUAUCAUAUAUAAAAUGAAAAAAGCCUCGAAGGUUCCAUCCCUGAAAAUGCUAGGAGGUGUUCGGAAAUGGUUUGAAGUAGUUGAAUAGGAGGAUUACUAUGACUAUAGCUCUUGGUAAAUUUACCAAAGAUCAAAAUGAUUUAUUUGAUAUUAUGGAUGACUGGUUACGGAGGGACCGUUUUGUUUUUGUGGGUUGGUCCGGUCUAUUGCUCUUUCCUUGCGCCUAUUUUGCCGUGGGGGGUUGGUUCACAGGUACCACCUUUGUAACUUCAUGGUAUACUCAUGGAUUGGCAAGUUCCUAUUUGGAAGGUUGUAACUUCUUAACUGCAGCAGUCUCUACUCCUGCUAAUAGUUUAGCACACUCUUUGUUGUUACUAUGGGGUCCUGAAGCACAGGGAGAUUUGACCCGUUGGUGUCAAUUAGGUGGUCUGUGGACUUUUGUUGCUCUUCACGGUGCUUUCGGAUUAAUAGGUUUUAUGUUACGUCAAUUUGAACUUGCUCGAUCUGUUCAAUUGCGGCCUUAUAAUGCAAUCGCAUUCUCCGGUCCAAUUGCUGUUUUUGUUUCUGUAUUCCUUAUUUAUCCACUGGGCCAGUCUGGUUGGUUCUUUGCGCCUAGUUUUGGUGUAGCAGCUAUAUUUCGAUUCAUUCUCUUUUUCCAAGGGUUUCAUAAUUGGACAUUAAACCCAUUUCAUAUGAUGGGAGUUGCUGGUGUAUUGGGCGCUGCCCUACUAUGCGCUAUUCAUGGCGCUACCGUAGAAAAUACCUUAUUUGAAGAUGGUGAUGGCGCAAAUACAUUCCGGGCUUUUAACCCAACCCAAGCAGAAGAAACUUAUUCAAUGGUUACUGCUAACCGCUUUUGGUCCCAAAUCUUUGGGGUUGCUUUUUCCAAUAAACGUUGGUUACAUUUCUUUAUGUUAUUUGUACCAGUAACUGGUUUAUGGAUGAGUGCUCUUGGAGUAGUCGGUCUGGCCCUGAACCUACGUGCCUAUGACUUUGUUUCUCAAGAAAUCCGCGCAGCGGAAGAUCCUGAAUUUGAGACUUUCUACACCAAAAAUAUUCUCUUAAACGAAGGUAUUCGUGCGUGGAUGGCGACUCAAGAUCAGCCUCAUGAAAACCUUAUAUUCCCUGAGGAGGUUCUACCACGUGGAAACCUCUUUAAUGGAACUUUAGCUUUAACUGGUCGUGACCAAGAAACUACUGGUUUUGCUUGGUGGGCCGGGAAUGCCCGACUUAUCAAUUUAUCCGGUAAACUACUGGGGGCCCAUGUAGCCCAUGCCGGAUUAAUAGUAUUCUGGGCCGGAGCAAUGAACCUAUUUGAAGUUGCUCAUUUCGUACCCGAGAAGCCCAUGUAUGAACAAGGCUUAAUUUUACUUCCCCAUCUAGCAACUCUAGGUUGGGGGGUAGGUCCUGGAGGGGAAGUUAUCGACACCUUUCCAUACUUUGUGUCUGGAGUACUUCACUUAAUUUCCUCUGCAGUAUUGGGCUUUGGCGGUAUUUAUCAUGCACUUCUGGGACCUGAGACUCUUGAAGAAUCUUUUCCAUUCUUUGGUUAUGUAUGGAAAGAUAGAAAUAAAAUGACUACUAUUUUAGGUAUUCACUUAAUUUUGUUAGGUAUAGGGUCUUUUCUUCUAGUAUUUAAGGCUUUUUAUUUUGGAGGUAUAUAUGAUACCUGGGCUCCAGGAGGGGGAGAUGUAAGAAAAAUUACCAACUUCACCCUUAGUCCAAGCAUUCUAUUUGGUUAUUUACUAAAAUCCCCUUUUGGGGGAGAAGGUUGGAUUGUUAGUGUGGACGAUUUGGAAGAUAUAAUUGGGGGACAUGUAUGGUUGGGUUCCAUUUGUAUACUUGGUGGAAUCUGGCAUAUCUUAACCAAACCCUUUGCAUGGGCUCGGCGUGCACUAGUAUGGUCUGGAGAAGCUUACUUAUCUUAUAGUUUAGGUGCUUUAGCCGUUUUUGGUUUUAUAGCUUGUUGCUUUGUCUGGUUUAAUAAUACUGCUUAUCCUAGUGAGUUUUAUGGUCCCACUGGACCGGAAGCUUCUCAAGCUCAAGCAUUUACUUUUCUAGUUAGAGACCAACGUCUUGGAGCUAAUGUAGGCUCCGCUCAAGGGCCUACCGGUUUAGGUAAAUAUCUAAUGCGUUCUCCGACCGGAGAAGUCAUUUUUGGAGGAGAAACUAUGCGUUUUUGGGAUCUGCGUGCUCCCUGGUUAGAACCUCUAAGAGGUCCUAAUGGUUUGGACUUGAGUAGACUGAAAAAAGAUAUACAGCCUUGGCAAGAACGUCGUUCCGCGGAAUAUAUGACUCAUGCUCCUUUAGGUUCUUUAAAUUCCGUGGGUGGCGUAGCUACAGAGAUUAAUGCAGUCAAUUAUGUCUCUCCUAGAAGUUGGUUAGCUACUUCUCAUUUUGUUCUAGGAUUCUUCCUAUUCGUAGGUCAUUUAUGGCACGCGGGAAGAGCUCGCGCAGCUGCCGCAGGAUUUGAAAAAGGAAUUGAUAGAGAUUUUGAGCCUGUUCUUUCCAUGACUCCUCUUAAUUGAGACAUGAAAUCCAAUGCUUGACGUAAGAAUCACUUUGAUUUUAGUAUACAUAUUGGGUUGAGUCGAGGAGAUCAUAUUGAAAAAAGGUUUUGUUUUUCAAUUCAUUUAUAUCUAAUCUUUUUUCGGGCUCGGCUAAGUGGUGAUAUAGCCGAGCCCGAAAAAACGGAGCCAACCAAAAUCAAUAAAAAAAAUCCAUUCGCCAAGAAAAAGGAGAGAGGGGGAUUCGAACCCUCGAUAGUUCUUUGUUUCGAACUAUACCGGUUUUCAAGACCGGAGCUAUCAACCACUCAGCCAUCUCUCCAAAAGAUAAUUUCUAUUUUAUCUUUAUUCCACUCAAGAGAACAUGACCAUACAAAUUAAUACCCUUUUCUCUAUGAUAAAGAUAUCUCUCUAUGAUAAAGAUAUCCAGUGUGAAUCUAUUGGUCUAGUUCUCUAUCCGUAUAUAUUAUAUAUGCAUGAUCCAGCUCUUUUGUGAAAUAAAAAAAACUACCCCUCGAUCCAUGCCUCAAUAAGGAGUGUCAUCUAAAAUCAAUGGAUUCAUGAUAAAACCCUCCAUAAGGAGAAUGUCUUUUUUAUUUCUUUUUGGAAGGGGUCAAUAAGGGGUUGGGGGAUCAAAUGGUAUAGUUCUUUUGUUGGUAAAUUAGAGGAUUCUAAACAUGACUAUUGCGUUUCAAUUAGCUGUUUUUGCAUUAAUUGUUACUUCAUCCAUUUUAUUAAUUAGUGUACCUGUUGUAUUUGCUUCUCCUGAUGGUUGGUCAAGUAACAAAAAUGUUGUCUUUUCUGGUACAUCAUUAUGGAUUGGAUUAGUAUUUCUAGUGGGUAUUCUGAAUUCUCUCAUCUCUUGAAACUAUUCAUUCUGGAUCAAAAAACGAAAUGACCCCUCCCCCCGAAUUCUUUCGGGUUGUGUGUGAGGCACAUGAAAAUGGAAUAUAUAAGACCCCACAAAUAAAGAAAACUAAAACAUUAUUAAUGGGAGGGGUCAAACUCCUUCUAUUGGAAAAA